CUCCCGACUCGCAAGUUCUUUGGCCGCGCGACACCGACGAAGCAACACGCACUACGCGAGAAUGGAUCAUCCCCAGGGUGCUAUACCGCCGCCCCCCCCAAACGCGCAGCAACCAUUGGAGCAAGGGGCAACUGGUGUCGUGCCUCCGAUGACACCGAAAGGCAGUGACAAAGAACUGCCAGGAACGGACUCGUCUCAGAAAGCCACACCGCGGCCCCCUCAAGCCGCGCCGCAUGAUUUGGAGCAAGGGGCAGUUGGUGCCGCUCCUCCUAUGAAGAAGGAGCAGAAGAAAAAGACUCCUCCUACAAUCCAAGCGAUGAAACGUGAAUCGCAAGAUAUGUGGAAAGACCACAACCCGAAGGAGGUUAGGAUGGAAUCCAAGGCGAUGCAGAUGCUGGCAGAACAUAAAGGACCACAUCUUAUUCGCCACAAGGAUGGAACUUUCAAGAAAACUUUUUAGGUCAAAAAAGUUGCCGCUCGGCAUAUGAAAUAAAAAAAGAAUA